AUGUCGCGCUCUGCAAUCUAUUGCUUAGAGUAUUAAUAGUAUCCGUCGCCGUCUGUCUGGCCGGAGCUUGGGACUCGAGAAUUCGAAACAUGGCAGCGUGUGGGUGCUAAUAAAACGCAUGGUCGCCACAGACCGAAUGUUCCAUAAGUUGAGCUCAAUUCAAAUGACUUCCCCCACAACGCUAUCCGCCCCCUCACCGUGUGAUUGUAUCAGAGAGGCAAAUCACAGCCAAGGGCUAUAAUAUAUGCAGUCCCAACCUCGAACUGAUUUCGAACGUACUGAUAGCUGUCGAACAGCACAAGCAAGAGUACACCUGUCCACCGGGCCCUGAGCGAUAUCACGUGUGUGUAUGUUGCGGAACAUUAUUUUUCCUGCCAGACCGAAGUUAGUUCUGCUUCAAAUUCUCCAAAGCAUAUUUCAAUCCUAAUCAUUCGCAACCAACCUUCAAGUCCUACAGCUGGCUUCGAAUUGAGCUUUCCUUCUUACUAUCGUUUUUUGUGUUACUGUGUAUAGAAGCGCCAGGCACAAAUGGUUCAUCUGACAUACAUAUUCGUUGCGAACCAUACAUAUUCAUCGCAACUCCUUAAGACCCACGCCUCGCGACCAUCGCAACACGGCUGAGCCGGGAGCGAUAGAGAAGAGAUCGACUUUUUCAUAGAAUACUACUACUAAUUACCAUUAAUAUGGGUGUUCCAGCACUUUUCCGGUGGCUAUCCUCGAAAUACCCCAAAAUCAUAUCCCCCGUCGUGGAGGAAAUCCCGCAGGAAAUUGAUGGCGAAGAGGUCCCUGUAGAUACAACGAAGCCAAAUCCAAAUGGCGAGGAAAUGGACAAUCUAUACUUGGACAUGAAUGGAAUUGUCCAUCCAUGUACACAUCCUGAGGGCAAACCCCCUCCUGAAACCGAGGAAGAUAUGAUGCUGGAGAUCUUCAAAUAUACCGAUCGAGUUGUGAACAUGGUCAGGCCCAGGAAACUAUUGAUGAUUGCUGUUGGUAUGUCGCUGACACGCAUGGAAAUGAGAUAUCUCCCUUCGGACCAAUACAUUAUCUCAUAAUAAUGAUCUGUUGUCACGGAGGGGGACGGUGUUGCUCCACGUGCGAAAAUGAACCAGCAACGUUCUCGUCGAUUCCGCUCUGCUCAAGAAGCGAAGGAAGCUGAUGAAAAGAAAGAGGAGUUCGCCAAGUUACUGAGGAAACAAAAUGGAAACAAAGGCGGCGAAGGGCUAGUGGAGGAAGUCAUUACGAAGACGUGGGACUCGAACGUAAUUACUCCUGGAACACCUUUUAUGGACAUUCUUGCUGCAGCUUUACGAUACUGGGUAGCAUAUAAACUCAACACGGACCCAGCAUGGGAGAAGCUGAAAAUCAUCAUCUCAGAUGCCACGGUUCCUGGUGAGGGUGAACACAAGAUUAUGGAAUUCAUUAGAUCGCAAAGGUCCUGCACUGAGCAUGACCCAAAUACUCGCCAUGUUAUAUACGGUCUUGACGCUGACUUGAUUAUGUUGGGGCUUGCAACGCAUGAACCUCACUUUCGAGUUCUUAGAGAGGAUGUCUUUUUCCAAGAAUCUAAAGGCAGAACUUGCCACUUGUGUGGGCAACCCGGCCAUAUAGCCGAAGCAUGUAAAGGUCUUGCGAAAGAAAAAAAUGGAGAAUUUGAUGAAAAAGGGAAAGGUAGUCCACUCAAACCAUUUAUUUGGCUCCACGUCUCUGUCCUUCGGGAAUACCUUGCUGUCGAGAUGCAUGUUCCGCAACAGCCUUUCCCUUUCGAUUUAGAGAGAGCUCUAGAUGACUGGGUAUUCAUGUGUUUUUUCGUGGGAAAUGAUUUCUUGCCUCAUCUACCGUCAUUAGACAUCAGAGAAAAUGGCAUCGAUACUCUAAUUGCAAUAUGGCGUGACAAUAUACCCGUCAUGGGUGGUUAUUUAACAAAAGAUGGGCAUGUUGAUUUAGACAGGGCGCAACUUAUCUUGCAGGGGUUGGCGAAGCAGGAGGAUGCCAUCUUCCGUCGUCGUCGCCAAACCGAAGAAAGGAAAAAUGCAAACGCCAAAAGGAGGAAGGAGGAAGAAAGAUUCCGAGAGGAAGAGCGCUCGCGCAAAAAGCGCAGAAGUUCUCCCAGUUAUGGAUCUAUGGAAAACGAGCCUGUUCCUCCUCCUCUCAUUGUUCCUGGAAAGGGGCAUAUUUCUAGGGCUGAUAGGGAACUUACCCACGCCAUGGUUGUGAACCGAGGGGCUGUUUACAAGGCAAAUAUGGCCAAUAAAAGUGCCGCUGCUGUUCUCAAGAGUCAACUGGUCAAAGGUAGCGGUGACGCAGCUACCCCCGAUGUUGAAGAUUCCGCAGAUGGUAGAGCCAAAAAUACUUCACCGUUAUCCCUAGGCAAGAGAAAGGCGGACGCUCUAGAAACCGAGACCGAGUCCGAAACACCCAAAAAGCCACAGGAUAACGAUGAACUACCUCCAGACACGGUUCGGCUAUGGGAAGAUGGGUACGCUGAUCGGUAUUACGAACAGAAAUUUCGCGUUGACCCGAAAGAUACUGAAUUCCGUCAUAAAGUAGCUCGAGCCUACGUUGAAGGCCUUGCAUGGGUGCUGCUCUACUAUUUCCAGGGGUGCCCUUCAUGGACCUGGUAUUACCCGUAUCAUUACGCGCCUUUUGCUGCAGAUUUCGUUGACCUAGGUAAAAUGAACAUUGAGUUUAGUAGGGGCGCGCCAUUCAAGCCUUUCGAACAAUUGAUGGGUGUCUUGCCAGCUGCAUCCAACCAUGCAAUUCCAGAAGUAUUCCACGACCUCAUGUCGGACCCGGAGAGCGAGAUCAUUGAUUUUUACCCCGAAGAAUUUCCAAUAGAUCUUAAUGGCAAGAAAUUUGCAUGGCAAGGCGUCGCGCUCUUGCCGUUCAUUGAUGAGAAACGUCUGCUACUUGCGAUGGAGAAAAGAUAUCCUCUUUUAUCCAGUGAAGAACACGCGCGAAACACAAUGGGACGGGAGGUGCUUUUCCUAUCGGAUCGACACCCGUUAUACGACAAUCUAACUGCGAACUUCUAUUCCAAGAAGCAAGGAACGCCGAUUUUGAAGCUGAACAUGCGAGUGAGCGAAGGGCUAGGCGGCAAGGUGGAACGCAACGAUGCGUACGUUCCACAUAGUUCGCUAGUGCCACCUUUCGAUAAAGUGGAUCUCCCCACGCUCGACGAGGACCAUUCCAUAAGUGUUAUCUACGAUAUGCCCAAGUCUAUGUACACUCACAAAUCAAUGCUUCUGAGAGGCGUGAAACCUGACCCCCCUGUACUCGACAAAUCCGAUAUCGAAAUCACCAGAAACAAAGCACAACGUUCAGGGCGCUCGUUUGGAGGAGUUCCCUUCGGCAAUAACAGAGGCAGAGGUGGUCGAAUGUCAUACGCCAGUGACCGGCCCAGCAACGAUCGACCUAAUCCAUUCGCAGCUCAUAUCAACCCCAACUUCGUGCCACCACCAAUACCUCCCCCACACAUGGGUGGACCUCCAGCAGGAUGGGCCCCUCCUCCGCCCGGGAUGACAGGCAGCUCCUAUGGUACUCCCAGGUUUGAUAAACCCCAACAAGGUCCUCCCUAUCAACAGCAGGGCAGUCGCGGUUAUUCACAUCAAUCUAGCCAACGUGGUCAGUACUCUCAAUCAUAUAGCCAACCGAGGGAGUACGGCCAGGGUAGACAAGAUGUUCAAUCGCAACAGUACGGGCAAAGGGGAGGAGGGGGGUAUGGGCAACACUCUGGGGGCAACGGUAGCUCUGGCGGCGGUGGCGGUGGUCGAGGCAGAGGUGGCGGGCCCUACAGGGGUGGGGGCCGUGGACAUUAUCAAGGCCAGAAUGGAUAUAAUAACCGCAAUGAUGGGUAUGGGCGGUAUUGAUUGUGAUUAUGUUGAAUGAUUUUGUUGUACGGCUACAUGUACAGUACAAGUAACGUUAAUAAUACGUUAUGCAAUUUCAGGGAGUUCCUAAUUGUCAAUUUAGGAAGCACUAAAAAAAGAUUUUUAAUAGAAUUACAGCGCACAAGAUUUAUGCAAAUAUAUAAAUUGACCUAUACGGAA